AUGGCUGCCGCUCAGCAGACGCCCACCUUCAAGCUCGUCCUUGUUGGCGAUGGUGGUACUGGAAAGACCACCUUCGUCAAGCGCCACUUGACUGGUGAAUUCGAGAAGAAGUACAUGGCUACCCUGGGUGUCGAGGUUCACCCUUUAGGUUUCACCACGAACUUCGGUCAGAUUCAGUUCGACGUCUGGGAUACCGCCGGCCAGGAGAAGUUUGGCGGUCUCCGUGAUGGAUACUACAUCAACGGCCAGUGCGGUAUCAUCAUGUUCGAUGUCACCUCCCGUAUCACCUACAAGAACGUCCCCAACUGGCACCGCGAUCUCGUCCGCGUUUGCGAGAACAUCCCUAUUGUCCUCUGUGGCAACAAGGUCGACGUGAAGGAGCGCAAGGUCAAGGCCAAGACCAUCACCUUCCACCGCAAGAAGAACCUCCAGUACUACGAUAUUUCCGCCAAGUCUAACUACAACUUCGAGAAGCCCUUCCUCUGGCUCGCGCGCAAGCUUGUUGGCAACCCUGCUCUGGAAUUUGUUGCCGCGCCGGCUCUCGCCCCCCCUACCGCCCAGGUUGACGAGAAGCUUCUCGAGCAGUACCGCAAGGAGAUGGAUGAGGCUGCCAACAUGCCCCUGCCCGGUGAGCUGUCGGACGAGGAUCUGUAA